AUGGCUUGCAAGGUGCAGAAAAAGAUAUUAUUGCGCAGAAAACUUCACAUUCUGCGAGUCCUUACCAACUCAUAUUCUGCCAAGAGAACCACCGUUGCCAAGAGUACUGUUCUGUGCAUAUACAAACUAAAGCUCGCGCUGGAAACUGUCAAAAGAGAGUAUGAAAACCUUCUAGCCACCCGAAGAGAGUACAUUAGUCUAUUGAACCAUGUCAAAGACAACAAGGAUGUUAAAAUAGAGAAGGUAAGGGAAGGAACUUUUAUGGUGAGGGUCACUUGUGAGAAAGGAAGUGACAAGCUGGUUGCGAUUUUAGAGGCUUUUGAGGAGAUGUGUCUGAAUGUUCAGCAAGCGAGAGUUUCAUGCCAAAAUGGUUUUUCUCUUGAAGCCAUUGCUGUGGCUGCAGACCAUACCCUCGAUGUAACAGAUGUCACCGUAGCGCUUCUCAAAGCUAUUGGAAAGGAGGAUCAUGAAAAGGACUCACAAAAGUUUGACAACAGCUGUAAUUUGUGA